AUGGACGAAAAUGAAAUAACAAACCAUAGUAGUUCUAAUCUAAAACAAAACAGUUCAACAUUACAAACAUCAGUAAUAGGAAAUGAUCAACGUACUAGUGGACGUGGACCGGGUUUAGCAUCAAGUACAAUAGAUAAAUCCAAUGAAACAACAUCAGUGAUUCCUGGAGCUAGUUCCGGUCCUAGUGCUAUGCUUAUGGUUGGACCUAAUUUUCGUGUAGGCAAGCGAAUAGGAGCUGGGAAUUUUGGAGAAAUCCGUUUAGGUAAAAAUUUGUAUAAUAAUGAACAUGUAGCAAUCAAACUCGAACCUAUGAAAUCUCGCGCACCACAACUUCACUUGGAAUACCGGUUUUAUCGGCAGCUUGGAACUUGUGAGGGAAUGCCACAAGUACAUUAUUUUGGACCAUGUGGAAAAUAUAAUGCUUUAGUUAUUGAAUUACUUGGACCAUCACUUGAAGAUUUAUUUGAUAAUUGCGAUCGAAAAUUUACACUAAAAACCGUCCUUAUGAUUGCUAUUCAAUUAAUAACACGUAUGGAAUAUGUUCAUUCAAAAAAUUUAAUUUAUCGCGAUGUUAAACCUGAAAAUUUUCUUAUCGGACGUUCAUCGACACGUAAACAACAUUUAAUACACAUUAUUGAUUUCGGGUUAGCGAAAGAAUAUAUCGAUCCUGAUACUGGUCGACAUAUACCAUUUCGAGAACAUAAAAGUUUAACGGGUACGGCGAGAUAUAUGAGCAUUAAUACUCAUCUUGGAAAAGAACAAAGUCGUCGCGAUGAUCUGGAAGCAUUAGGGCAUAUGUUCAUGUAUUUUUUACGUGGUAGUCUACCGUGGCAAGGAUUAAAAGCUGAAACAUUGAAAGAACGCUAUCAAAAGAUAGGUGAUACUAAACGAGCAACACACAUUGAUGUAUUAUGUCAAAGUCAUCCUGAAGAAUUUGCUAAAUAUUUAAAAUAUGUACGAAACUUAGACUUUUUUGAAACUCCAAAUUACGAAUACUUGAGAAAAUUAUUCAAAGAUUUAAUGGAUGCUAGAAAUUAUGUGUGUGAUUAUAAUUUUGAUUGGGUAGAAAAAAUGCAAAAAUUAGCAAACAAAACUACGGUUAGUAAUGCUCUAAAUCCAACAUCGGCUCAACCGGAAACUUUAUCUAGUCCAGCAGCACGACCAAUAAAUAAAACGGGCAAAAGUGGUUCAGGACUUUUAAAUGCUCAUCUUUCACCAUCAACACAGCAAGUACACGGAUCAAUGCAGAUAAUCAGUUCACCGGAUGAAGAUACUGAUCGUGCUGAUCGAGAACAUGCACAUAUCAUUACGUCACCGUCUCCGGCUAAUGUUGACGUUAUUAGUGAUACAAAAUGUUGUUGUUUUUUUAACCGUCGUACAAGACGUACAACUAAUAAACAAACGAGAAAAUAA